AAAUGAAGGCUGUUUUUGUCCUUGGAAUUAUGCUGGCCUGUACCUCUUUGACGUCAUGCCAUGACUCGUGCAGACGACACGGCGUCAAUGGCUGCAGUACUCCAUUCAGCAUGCCCUUCUUCUACAAGAGGCGUUUUACGCAUGCGUGUAAUCGGCAUGAUGUGUGCUAUAGAUGUGGACAUGUUUUUGGAAUAAGUAGAGAUGACUGUGACUCAGCCUUUUUGGAUGCAAUGAAACAAUCCUGCCGAAGUCUACGCAAACGACGAGCGACAGAUGAUAUGGGAGGCCAUAAUAUUGAAAAACGUGGUCUGCAUAGAAGCAUGUGCGAUUUGUUUGCUCUAGGAUAUCACACGGUUGUGAAAACGUUUGCUGAAUCCGAUUAUCGAGCACCAUCCAUGCCUUUUUGUGGUCAACUCGAGUGGGUUAUACCAUGUCUACCUCAAAGACAUGUUUGAUAGUUAUGAAAUAUAUUAUUGGCUUUAAUUUAUUGUGGAAAAAUAGAAUCCGUAGUCUGGUACUUGUCUAGUCUAUAAUUUUAGUUUCAGAGGAACAAAAAAAAAACCCAAAAACAAACACCUAGACUUCUGUUGUGGGAAAAUAGUCUUCUGUGUUUGUGGAACAAUUGGUUUUUGUAUUGUGGAAAUUAGAGCUUAGUUGUGAAAAGUAUAAUGUUUUAGAAUACUAAUCAAAAACCAAUCUAUUACGCAUCUUUAUCCAAUUGGUUAUGGUGAUGAUGGUGAUGGUAUGAUGGUGGUGUUGGUAAUGAUGAUGGUGAUAACGAUGAUAGUGAUAAUAAUGGUGGUUGUGAUGACGAAGAUGAUAUUGAUGAUGAUGAUGAUGAUGAUGAUUUCCGUGCCCUUAUCUAAUUAUGUUCCAGCACCUUGUCUGGUUCAGUCAUCUCCGCUGUUUGACCUGUCACAGAUUAAAUACAUUAUUGUUCUGCUGUUAAAGAGAAAACCCGCCAAAUGACAUGGACAGCAAGGAAUCUGUUUUAUACAAUUUCCAAAAGGCAGCACUCAUCUGAACACAACACUGUCUACAUAUGCCAGUUGUGGAGCACUGAUCGGUAUAUAUUUGGGUUAAAUAAUAUCUGCUCAUGUAUUCAGCAGUGUGCGCAAUCGGUCUGGACAAGAGUUGAUACACGGAUACGGACCGAGUACCUGUUAGUCUUAAACAGGGUGCAGUGAUAAUCGAGACCAUUAUCGAGUUCACAAAUAGCGAGCGCUCACCAGUUUGACUGUUUUCAAUUCUAUUCCGUCCUAUCACAUUCAUUUAACAAUAUGCGCUGACACCAGAUUAGCAAGCGUUUGCGAGCGCUCGAUCUCAUGAACACGUCUCAUUCCAGUUCAUUUUCGUACUUAUAUCCUAUUAAGGUUCAAGCACGUUGUCUUAGCAGGUCUGUUACUGGCAAUUAUAAGCAUAUAUCG